GUUUGCCGCUUAGAGGUGUACAAUCUUUGAGUUGGAAGAAGACAAAUUUGGAGAGAUAGAAACUAAAUAUGAGGCUUCUCCACAUCCUGAUUGUGUGCGGGUGUUUUGCAGCGACUGCGACAUCUGAGGUGACGGACGCACCAGAGGAUGAAACAGACGUUAACCACUGUUCAAUGCCAUCGGCACCAACACACGGAAGCGCCGCUUGUACACUUCUUUCGUCUAAAACCAUAUGUAAUGCGACUUGUUUCAGUGGAUAUGAAUUUCCAGAUGGCGUAAAAAAUAUCAACAACACUUGUGAAUACGAUAAGGGUGUUUGGUCACCGUACCACCAACUACCAGACUGCGAACCUGUAUGCACAACACAAUGUGCAAAUGGAGGAAGUUGCAUAGCCCCUGAUAAAUGCUCUUGUCUUACUGGCUUCAGUGGAACUUUCUGUGAGACAGCAGAUGUACAACACUGCAGUAACCCAGCAUCACCUUCAUAUGGAUCAGUGGUGUGUGAUUUUAAUGGCGCAACUGUUAAGUGUACUGCUGAAUGUCUUUCUGGGUAUAGACCGCCAGACAUAUCUCAAUAUGUGUGUGACAAGUCAACGGGAAGUUGGAAUCCCACGUUGCCAAUACCAGACUGUCAGGAAAUCAUUACAGAAGAAGUUAUUAAUGUUCCUCCAGUGGUAAUUUUUGAGAGUGACAUAAAGAAAAGAGAACUUACAGUAGAAAAUUAUGAGAGUGAUGGCCACUGUACCACAUGGGGUCAGGAUCACUACAGAACAUUUGAUGGUAAAAUGUACUCCUUCCAUGGUUCCUGCAACUACCAGUUACUUGGGGAUACCAUGAAUACUUUCAAGAUAUAUAUCAAGAAUGAUAAACACUGCACUCCAUAUAGACCUUGUGACAGAUCUAUAGACAUCUACAUCUCCAACAGCAUUGUUUAUACUCUAAAGAGGUUAGAUGGUUCUCCAGUUGUCUACAAAGAUUCCAAAUUGCAAACACUUCCUAUGGUCCUUAGUGGCCUAGAGAUCGAGAUGGUAGGCCUAUCUACUAACAUCAUAGUUCACACACAAUAUGGCUUUGAACUACACUGGGAUGGAGAUGAUAGUGUAUCUGUUAUUGCACAAUCUGAUUUGUUUAAUAAUACAAGGGGACUUUGUGGAACAUACAAUAACAAUCCAGAAGAUGAUUUCAUGUUGCAUGAUGGUACCAUAACUACAUCACCUGCAUCAUGUGGUUCUGACUACACCAUGAAUCCAGCAGAAUGCAGUGUUGCUAACCAAUUACGAUACUGCAUAAUUGACGUAGAUAUUCAACGAGCUAAACAUUCCUGCCAAGCAAUUAAAAAUGAGACCUUUGCUGAUUGCCAUCCGUUUGUAAGGUACGAACCAUACUAUGAAGCUUGCCAAGAAGAUGUAUGUAAUUGUAAUUGCUCCAGAACAGACUGUGCCUGCAAUUCAUACGAGGCUUACGCAAGAGAAUGUGCCAGACAUAAGGUAUACAUUGACUGGAGAACAGAAGAGCGUUGUCCUAUAACCUGUGAUGCAGGAUUGGUUUCCAAACAGUGUGGUUCCUCGUGUCCUCGAACCUGCUCUAGUGCUACAUAUGACUGCCUAGACAACCAUUGCAUUGAUGGCUGUCAUUGUCCAGAUGACAAGGUUCUCCACAACAACAUGUGCAUAGAGCAUAGCGAGUGUCCUUGCAAUUACCAAUGCAAAGAAUACUCCUCAGGAUCAUACAUAGAAAGUGGUUGUAAUAAAUGUUUAUGUAAAGGUGGAAAAUGGAACUGCACAGAAGAUAUCUGCCCUGCAACCUGUUCGGCUGUAGGUGACCCUCAUUAUGAGACAUUUGAUGGGAAGCAUUAUCACUUUCAUGGAGACUGUAGCUAUACUCUUGUUCAAAGCUGUGAUGGUCUGAAUACUGAUUACUCAAUCCAAGUUGAAAAUACCAAAUGUGGAUUUCAGAGCUAUGCAUGUACUAAGAAAGUUAUGAUCAAUGUUGGAGCAACUAAAGUAAAGCUUCAUCAAAAACAUAUUCUGACAGUGAAUGGUGAGGAUAUAGAUACAACAGAGUUACCUUACUCAGCUAGUGGAGUUUACAUUGAGCAGGUUUCAUCUAUAUACCAAAGGGUUACAUUGGAUAAUGGCCUUAUCGUCUUGUGGGACGGAUUCGUUCGUGUGUAUGUUACAGCGCCACCAAGCUUCUUUGGAAAGUACAAGAUGUGUGGACUUUGUGGUUCAUAUGAUCGUGUGCAAAAUAAUGAUUUUAUGACAAAAGCAGGAGACAUAGAAAAGCAAUCUUCAUGCUUUGCAUCCAAGUGGAAGGUAGACCCCUCCUGUCCAGUAAAUAAGUAUGUAUUUGAUAAUACAAGCCCCUGUGACAUCUACUCUCAUCGCAAGCUACUGGCUGAAGCACAGUGCAAACUUCUAAAGAACGAUAUAUUUGUUGUUUGUAGUCGUGUUCUUUCGGUUGAUGAAUACUUCGAAAACUGUAAGUACGAUGUCUGUGCCAACUCUGACAUUAACGUAUUCUGUGCUAGCAUAGCGGACUAUGCUGAUGCUUGUGGAAGAAUAGGGGUGCCAAUAAUGAACUGGAGAUUAUCUUAUCCUGAAUGUGCUGUAACAUGUAGUGGUGAUACUGUAUACCAAGAGUGUGGAUCAGCUUGUGAAGUAUCAUGUGCAGCCCUCACAACUAACAUGUUGUGCAAGGAAACUUGUAUUCCCGGAUGCAGUUGUACAAAGGGCCGUGUGCUUGAUUACCAUGGACGCUGCAUUCCAAUCCGGGAUUGUCCAUGUGAUUACAAUGGUCGUAAUUACAACCCUGGUGAGACUACUAAGCAAGGAUGUAAAGAUUGUGUAUGUACCAAUGCUCUUUGGCAAUGUGACAACUCCACAUGUGAUUCUAAUGAGAGUUUCUGUGGAGAAAACAUGGAAUUUGUUGAUUGUCAUAACCGCUGCCCUGUAACAUGCUCCAACUAUUAUGAUGAACAGAAAUCUUGUAGUACUUCAAUAUGUGAACCUGGAUGUCAAUGUCUCACAAACUACAUAUUGGAUGGUGACCGUUGUGUUUUGUUGGAGGAUUGUCCAUGUCAUCAUGGAGAAAAAGCCUACAUAAAUGGAGAGAGUUACAUUGAUAAUUGCAAUCUAUGCACUUGCAAUGGUCAGAAAUGGACAUGUGAGGAAAACGAAUGCCCAGGUAUAUGCAGUAUGUAUGGUGAGUCACAUUUUACAUCCUUCGAUGCAAAGCUGUUUGAAUUUCGGGGCGAAUGUGUCUACACCCUAAUGCAGAGCACAGAUGACUGUGAUUUUAAGUUUUCUUUGAAAUCAGAAAAUGUCAAAUGUGGAUCUUCAGGUGUGUCCUGCACAAUAGUUAUAACCUUUUCGUUUACCUACAAUGGAAUUAGUGAUGAAAUUAAACUUGUACGCGGUAAGAAAGUUGAAGAGUCAAGUUACUCACUCUUAAAGGUUCAUAGAGUUGGCAGCUAUGUUUAUGUGGCAGUUUCUGAAGGUAUUACUCUACAAUGGGACAUGGGUACACUGCUUUAUAUCAAGCUGGACCCUAAGUAUGCGAAAAGGGUUACUGGCCUAUGUGGAAACUAUGAUGGUGACAAUAACAACGAUUUUGUCACUUCUAGUGCGGGUCCAAGUGUUGCCACUGCCAUUGAAUUUGCAGACAAUUGGAGAGCAAUCAGAGGAUGCCCAGACAGCAAAGUUUUUGAGAACCCUUGCAGUCAGGUACCAGAGAGAGAAGCAUGGGCUAAGAGGAAGUGUGCAAUCCUCAAGUCGGAUAUAUUCAGCGCUUGUCAUUCUGAAUUGCCUUAUGACAGUUAUUACCAGAGGUGUGUUGCCGAUGCAUGUGGAUGCGACUUCGGUGGAGACUGUGAGUGUUUGUGCACCGCAGUCAAAGCGUAUGCACACGAUUGUAUGAUCAAUGGCGUCGUAGUUUAUUGGCGUUCAAAUGAUUUUUGUCCAAUCCAGUGUGAUGGAUGUGGCAGCUGGGUACCAUGCAUGACCCCCUGCCCCAAAACGUGCACAAACUAUUGCUGUGAUGAAAAAUGUGAAAUUGAUGGAUGUGUGGAAGGCUGUCAGUGUGAAGAAGGCCUGCUUUAUGAUCCUGACACAGAAAAGUGUGUCUCUCAAAAGGAGUGUUCCACCACAUGUAGAUGCAUAUCAACAACUAUUACACCAACAACUGAAACCAGGACACCAUAUUCUACUACUGAAACCACAACACCAUACUCUACUACUGAAACCACAACACCAUACUCUACUACUGAAACCACAACACCAUACUCCACUACUGAAACCACAACACCAUACUCCACUACUGAAACCACAACACCAUACUCCACUACUGAGAUCACAACACCAUACUCCACUACUGAGACCACAACACCAUACUCUACAACUGAAACAACAACACCAUACUCUACAACUGAAACCACAACACCUUAUUCUACUACUGAAACCAAAACAACAUACUCUACAACUGAAACCACAACACCAUACUCCACUACUGAAACCACAACACCAUACUCCACUACUGAGACCACAACACCAUACUCUACUACUGAAACCACAAUGACUGAAACCACAACACCAUAUUCUACUACUGAAAUCACAACACCAUAUUCUACUACUGAAGCCACAACAUCAUACUCCUCUACUGAGACCACAACACCAUACUCUACUACUGAAACCACAACACCAUACUCCACUACUGAAACCACAACACCAUACUCCAGUACUGAAACCACAACACCAUACUCCACUACUGAAACCACAACAUCAUACUCCACUACUGAAACCACAAUGACUGAAACCACAACACCAUAUUCUACUACUGAAACCACAACACCAUACUCUACUACUGAAACCACAACACCAUAUUCCUCUACUGAGACCACAGCACCAUACUCUACAACUGAAACCACAAUG